GAACCGAAGAUGGCUUCACGAUGCGCUUCGUCAGUGCUUAUAUGCGUCAAGGCUCAGCUGUCAGUGCACACUUUUAUCUGAAAACGAAAUAAGGGUAAAGAAAAUUAAAAAUACUGAGAGUAAAGGCAGGCGAGCCGUUCAGAUUUAUGUCUCCAGACAGUUUAUGCUGCACUUGGGUUGUUUAAUAGUCGGGGACAAUGGGUUCGACUACAGAUGAAGAAUUUAAAGAGAAAUUACUCUGGAACGUCAAAAGAGAAGUGAAGCAGAUUAUGGAGGAGGCAGUGACCAAGAAGUUUGUACAUGAAGACAGCAGCCACGUUAUUGCACUUUGCAGCUCCAUUGAGGCUUGCCUAAGCCACCUGUUGAAGCGAAGAGCGGCGGGAUUCCUCCGCAGCGAUAAGAUCGCCGCCCUCUUCACCAAGAUCGGCAAGGUGAACACCACAGCGAGUGAGAUCUGCCGCAAAGUUCAAGAACAGCUACAGCAGCAGGCCGAAAUCACCAGGAGAACCCAGAGCACAGGACAGGAGCCCCUCCGGAGGCAGGGUUCCUCUGCCGGCCGAGCGCCUCAGCCCCUCUCUGCACAGGCCAUCAAGCACAUAUGGGUCCGCACGGCCCUCUUUGAGAAAGUUCUGGACAAAAUACUGCAGUAUAUUGUGGAUAAUGCAAGUAAGUAUUAUGAAAAGGAGGCCCUCAUGCACGACUCUGUGUUUGGCCCGAUACUGGCGGCACUGCUGGUCGGGCCUUGCGCUCUGGAAUACACUAAGCUCAAGACGUCGGAUCAUUUCUGGACAGACCCGUCAGCAAAUGAGCUUGUCCAGAGGCAUCGCAUUCACGGGGCCCACAGGGGCCAAGAAGUGUCCCCGGGCCGCAGGCCUGCACUUGGGAUCCGAAAGCGUCAGUCCUCUGGAAGCAUGUCUGAGGACAAGUUUGCGGCCUCGGCGAGAGAGUACGUUGAAUCCCUGCACCAAAACUCACGCAUUAACUUGCUCUACGGAAAAAACAAUGUACUCGUUCAACCGAAGAAGGAAAUGGAAGUGCUGCGUGGUUACCUGUCUCUUCAUCAGACGGCCGAAACGCUCACACUAAAGUGGACGCCCAAUCAGCUAAUCAAUGGCACUCUGGGAGACUGUGACUUGGAGAAGAGUAUUUACUGGGACUACGCUUUGAGUGUGCCUUUAAGACAGAUCGUCUGCAUUCAUUGUCACCAGCGCCCGGACUGUGGAGGUACUCUGGUGUUAGUAAGUCAGGAUGGGAUCCAGCGGCCUCCUCUGCAUUUUCCUCCUGGGGGCCACCUGCUGGCUUUCCUGUCCUGUUUGGAGACAGGUUUACUGCCCCGGGGUCAGCUUGAGCCCCCACUCUGGUCCCAGAAGGGCAAGGGUAAAGUCUUCCCUAAGCUCCGUAAGAGGAACAGCACAGCCCGUUUAUUGGAUCAAGAUGGAGAUGGCGAGGAGCAGAUCGCUGCAGACUUUGUGUUUCGCAUCGUCUAUCCAGGGCACCGUCAAGACUCAAUCACUAUAAACUACCACCACACCACGGGCAGUCGUGCGCCCUCUCUGGACGACGAUGAGGAGGAGGAAGAUAGACUUCACGCUAUGAUCUCUAUGAUCUGCUCACGGAACCUCACAGAUCCUAAUGCCAUGAAAGUAGACCACGGGGACAUGAUGCAGGAGAUGCAGGCUUUUGGCGGCAGCCCGUUGUCAUGGCAGCAGGGCGAGUGCACCAGUCAUAUGUCAUCUUGUCUGUCCUGCUCCACUGGGGGCAGCAUCGCUUCCGUCGAGCUUCCAGAGAGCUGUACCUGCAUGCAUGACCGUAUUCCACUGAAGACGCUGUGCCAAAAUAUGAAGAGACAGAUUGUGUCUCGAGCGUUUUAUGGCUGGCUGGGUUACUGUCGGCACCUGUCCACUGUGAGGACGCACCUUUCAGCACUGGUCAACCACAACAUUGUCCCUCCGGACAAGCCCAGUGAAGCCUCUGGAGGGCUCAGCAAAGAUGUGUGGAGUAAAUAUCAGAAAGACUGUAAGAAUUAUAAGGAGCUGGAGCUGCUGAGGUUGGUUUACUAUGGAGGGGUGGAGCAUGAGAUCAGGAAGGAGGUGUGGCCAUUUCUGCUGGGCCACUACAAGUUUGGGAUGGGCAAGAAAGACAUGGCUCAGAUUGACGAGAAGAUCACAGCAAGGUAUCAGCAGGUGAUGCGGGAGUGGAAGGCAUGUGAGGUCAUUGUGAAGCAGCGGGAAAAAGAGAUGCAGUCGGCCAUCUUUGCCAAGUUGUCGUCAGGGAGCAGUAUAGACAGCCACGUCCUCCGACUCAUCCAUAGGGACUCCACCAUUAGCAACGAGGUAUUCAUGUCUGUGGAUGAGCCUGACGCAGGGGGUCACAACACCUCAUGUGAGGGAGGAAGUACUCCCACCUUAACCACUGUGGUUACCCCAGCCAUGUUAGCUCCAGACGAGAGGCCUCUGGUGGAGUUUGACUCUCCAGACUCAGGCCUGCCCUCCUCCAGGAACUACUCUGUAGCAUCUGGACAUUCCCAAAUCAUGUCCAGCAUCGAUGACGGACAGAGCAUGGAGGAGGACACUACACCCACCGGGGUACUGGAGGAGCAGGGUGGACGGGACUCCCUGAGUGAGGACAAACUCUGCAGUCAGCUGGACAAACUCACAACCACUACUGAGGGCACGCCACCAUCCUUCUCCUCUUAUACGAUUGAGCUGUUGGACAAGGUGGCUCUGAACCUGCACAGAAUAGACAAAGACGUCCAGCGCUGCGAUCGUAACUACUAUUACUUCACUACCAGCAACCUGGAGAAACUGCGAAACAUCAUGUGCAGUUACGUGUGGGAACAUCUGGAGAUUGGCUAUGUGCAAGGCAUGUGUGACCUUCUAGCUCCACUGAUGGUCAUUCUGGAUGAUGAGUGCUUGGCCUACAGCUGUUUCACUCAGCUAAUGAAAAGGAUGAGUCAGAAUUUCCCUACCGGAGGAGCCAUGGACAAUCAUUUCGCCAAUAUGAGGUCACUAAUACAGAUCCUUGACUCAGAAUUGUUUGAGCUCAUGCAGCAGAAUGGAGAUUACACCCAUUUCUACUUCUGCUACCGCUGGUUCCUCCUGGACUUCAAAAGAGAGCUACUCUAUGAGGAUGUGUUUGCCGUCUGGGAGGUCAUCUGGGUCGCCCCUCGCAUCUCCUCUAAACACGUUGUCCUGUUCAUUGCACUGGCCUUGGUGGAGGUGUACAGGGACAUUAUCCUGGACAACAACAUGGACUUCACUGAUAUCAUCAAGUUCUUUAACGAGAUGGCCGAGCGCCACGACGUGCAGCACAUCCUCCGAAUAGCGCGGGAGCUGGUACACAAGGUGCAGACCCUUAUCGAGAACAAGUGAGAAUAAGAGUAGGCUGCCGCCCACCGAGUCCCGUCUGGCCAAAUCUCCUCGUCGAGGCUCGAGACCGCCCAGGAUCUGCCUCGACGUCUCGACUCUUAAUAUCGUUUGCCUGCCACAGAAUGCAGUUGUGUCAGACCCUGGCGUUGUCUGCAUGCUCGUGGUGUUUGAGCACACUGUGACUGACGUUUUUUCCUUUCUUUUCUGAACACGCCUCCAGUACACACCACACAGAUCAGGUCCUUUUAGAUCUGCUUUUAUAAGAAAUGGAAAGCCUCGUACAGGGGCACAACUGUUUCCCUUCCCUAAUGGCUGCCAAAUGUACAGUAAGUAUUCCACGAUGAAUAAAAACUAGCACAGCUCUGAAUCCUCAAACUAGGCAGCGUUAGGUCAGCUCCCUUAAAUAACAACCAAGCCACGAAGAAGUCGUCGAAACAGUGUGUGACCAAAAGGACUGUGCCAAUAACCUUGUGCUAGUAUUUAUAUAACCUCGUUUUAUCGUUUAGCGUCUCUAUUGCCCCUUUUCUUCAUCAAACAAUGUUUUGGUUGAUGGUGAUAAUGACAAUGAUCUCAGAAAAGUAGUUGACGUUGCCUUUGUUACACAUUUCGUGACCUGUGUCCAUAUGUUUGCACUUUGAAUCUGUGGCUCCAUGACCCCCGUGAUGCUCCUCACUGACAGGUGUUAUCAGGGGGCACUACACUUCCCUCAGUGUCCUAAAGUCUGGAAAGGGUCCAGGCUCUUCCACGGGACAGAAAACUGCUUCCACGUGAUCUGACGAGACGCAUUAGUCUUCGGUGUGUCGCUACCUUCAGGCUCUGUUCACACUGCAUAUACUGUACACUACUGUUCAAAAGUUUAGGGUCAGUAAGAUUUUUGAUCAUUUUAUUCCGCAAGGAUGCAUUCAAUUAAUCAAAAGUGAGAGUUAAGGCAUUUAUAAUGUUACAAAAGAUCUGGGUUUCAAAUAAAAGCUCUCUAUUUUUCAAAGAAUCCUGAAAAUAUAUUUCCACAAGAAAAUAAUCAGCAGCACAACUCUUUUCAACAUUAGUUUUAAAGGAGAUUUUGAAGUUUUGAAAGAUUAUGUGUGACACUGAAGACUGGAGUAAUGGCUGCUGGAAAUUCAGCUUUAUAUUAAUACAUCUUAAAAUAUAUUCAAAUAAAAACCAGUCAUUUGUGAAAUGAUAAUAGUAUUUCACAAUAUCACUAUUUUUUAUCAAAUACAUGCAGCACUGGUAAGCAUAAGAUACUUAAAAAAAAAUACUAAAACAAAUCUUACUGACCACAAUCUUUUAAAACUUUUAAAGUUGCAUACAUAAAUCUUGUCAUAUUUCCAUAUCUAAUCUUCAUGACUGAUAAUAUACAUUUUGACCAUGUCCAAAAUUAUGAAAAAGAACUUCAAAAACUAGAUUUUAAAUGAGGCCUAAAUUAGACCUGCUUUCAGCAUGUUAAGGUUCUUUCUCAUCAAAUGUGUCUUGCAUAAUAGUUGCACAUUUUAAGAGAAAUACAGUCUUCCCCAUCUUCCAACUAAUUAAUGCCUAAGGUCGUUUUGAAUUGAACACGAGCUUACUGAAUCCUUCACACAGUGCUGCAAGUGAUAUUUUCUUGAAUAGUAUGUGAAAUAAAUGCAGCAUCCAAUCAUCAUUUCGGAAAUAAAGCUUAUUUAUAGUGAAAAUGUUAACUUUUGAUAUUCUCUUCAAGUGAAUCAAUGAUACUAUAUUGGAAAUGGACUGUUAAGGCAUGCACUUUGCAUUGUGGGAUAUUAUAUUCCAUGCAGUGUGCUGUUAUAUGCUACACAUUUGGUCGUCAGGGUAUUCCACACAUACUGCCGAAGUAGUAUGCUAUUCCUCACAGCCUAAAUCCCCCAAAACAAAAAGCAACUGUACUUUUCUAACAGCUGACAGAGAUUAUGGGAGAAGUGGUCUUCUUAUGAUGUGACUAUCGGUCAAUUCCUUUUGUCAAAAGCGUGCGAGUGCGAAGGAUGUUUUAACCCUUCCGACAGGAGCUCAUGUACCAAAGCCUCUCAAACAUCUGCAUCCUUCAUACACACGUGCAAUGCUAAACCACAACUCGAAGACUGUUGAUCAGGUCUAUAAAAGACAAAUCAUUUCUUUUCAUUUCUACUGCGAUACAUUUAUUAUCCUCCUUUAUGUGUGUAUUACUGCACUGUAAAUAAAGAGAGAAGCGCUGGAUUUCUAUGAGGACACUACUGUCAGCGGUUUCAGACUCUUAUUUUUUAACUCUUAUAGCUGUACAAUUUGAACCAUGGGAAACCUUUGUUACUUGUUGACUGUUACGUCCCUUAUAAACGUUGUGCACUGGUUUCUGAUCAUUUCAAAUGUAAAUUUUUGUCUGGACGCCAACAUCAGAAUGAUGUAUUGUAACGGGUGGAUCAUUUACCUUGAAUGUACAUGUAUUAUGGAAAAAAGUUAUAUAUAUAUAUUGCAAAUCAAUUUAUGCAUUGCAUUGACAGAAGGUAACAGUAAAGAUUUCUAAUGUUGCAAAAUAUUUCUUUUGCAAAUAAAUGCUGUUCUUUGAACAUUC